AUGGAAUUACAUCUUCAACAACAUUCUCAACAAGGAUAUGGUCAAAUAGUUUGUGAACUUCCAAUUAAUUCUAAAAAACCCGCCUUUUCCACUCUUCGUUCUUCAUAUCCUUUAAAAUUUCUUACUCCCAAAACUCAUUCACCCUUUCUUGCUAUUGUGUAUAUUCUUUCUUAUGGAGGAGGUAUGAAUUCAAUGUUACUUCAAUUACCUGGACCAACUACUUGCUUUCAGUCAGCAGAUUAUUCACAAUAUCAAAAAUUCAAAUUGGAAGAUGAUACAUCAUCUCUAAUAGUUUUAGAUUGGUUUACUAGUGGAAGAAUGUCUAGAGGAGAACGAUGGGAAUUUGUCAAUUAUAAAUCAGGAAUUGAUAUAUUAAUUGGUGAUGAAGAAAAAUUAAUUUUUCAAAAAGAAAAAAGGAAUGGAGUUGUAAUUAAAAUUGCCGGAAUAACAACAGAGUUGGUAAAAAAUUUUUUGAUUGAAAAUGCUUUGAAGGGAUUAGAUUGUAUAAUUGAUGAUAAUUUAUUUGAAAGAGCAUUAUAA